GAAUUUUAUAAAAAAAUGAAAGAUGUAGAUUCAAUAAAUGAAUUAGUUAAAAGAUUUGAAGAUAUUGUUUUUGAAGAAUCAAAUUUAAUUAGGAAUGAAUCUAUUGUAGCAUUAAAACAUGUUGCAACAGGAAAAUAUUUAAGUUCAAUUAAAAAUUUAAGUUAUAUAACUGGAAGCAAGUCUCAAAUGGUUUUUGUAGGAAGUACAGAACCUGUUCCAAAUUCUUUAUGGAAAAUUAAAUUUGAUAAGGAAUUAGCCACUUAUCCUGAUACUCCUAUAAAUUUACAACAUAUCAAAUCUGAAAUGUUUCUUGGAUUAAGUUUUAAUCGAAAUACUCAUUAUCCUCAUAAUUAUUAUUAUCUCAGGUCUCCUUGUACUAAAUAUACGGAAGUAAGUUGUAAUGGAAAUGAUAAAGAUUGGAUAUUUAGGCAUAGCAAAUUCGAAAAUUAUGAUGGAUCUUUAAAAUCAAAUGAUACCAUUAAUCUUAGCAUUAAGAAAACGAAAGUUAUUAAUGACAAAGAAGAAUUUUUAUCUAGUCAUGAUAUACAUUGUUCUAUAGGGAAUUAUACUUUUCAAGAAGUGGUUUGUCUUAGUGAUAGAUUGGGAAGAAAUGAAGAAUGGUGCAUUGAACUUAUUCACGGAGGAAGUUAAAUUUUUUUUCGGUAUAUGUACAUAAAAUAUUUAUUUGAUUUAGAGAUAUUAAUACACUUUUUAAAUUGUUAUUUAUAAUAUAAUAUUUUAUGUAUUAUUUGUUGAAGUUGAGAUAUUUAUUAAUAAUUGAAUCAGGUUACAUGUUU